AUGGCUUGCAAGAAGACAUCCCAAGAAUGGGAAUAUGCGAUUGAAGUGUUGAACAAAUAUGCUGUGCAAUUUCCAGGUAUGGAAAAUGAGGUGUUUCGUCCUUUACAUUUCAGUGAUGAGAGUCUACCUAAUGCCACAGUGAGAUCUUGUUUCUUAUAUUGCUCUUUGUACCCUGAAGACUCGAAAAUUAUUGUAGGGGACUUGAUAAACAAAUGGAUUGAUGAGGGAUUUUUAAAUGAUGGUGCUGAAAACCAAGGGUCUUCUUCAAAUGUUUUGCUGGAAAAGGUCUCAAAUAACACUGUAAAAAUGCAUGACGUGAUACGUGAGAUGACAUUGUGGAUAGGUCGUGAAUAUGAGGAGCAGCUAGACAAGUUUUUGGUGCGAGCAGGUGGGAGGGAGACUGAAGCACCUGAAGUUUCAAAAUGGAAAGAGGUAAAGAGGAUGUCAUUGAUGGUAAAUAAAAUUGAGACUAAUAGGAACACCAACAUGCCCUUAGCUCAUAACUUUGCUUCUGAAUGGAAAUCAGUUGAACAAGAUCAGUAG